AUGGCAGACUCUCGUUUAUCCGCCCUAGAGGCCUUUUUGAAAGACUACCCAAGCAUCAAAUACAUACCACCAUCGUCCGCAGAUUUUGCGUCGGUACGCGAGGUAUGGUAUCACGGUCGGCGGGAUACUCCUCUUGCAAUCUUGCAACCGCAAUCAGCAGAAGAAGUAAGUCUGCUAGUAAAAUAUGCCAAAGAAAACGGGAUACAGUUCACUGUUCGCGUCGGUGGGCAUAAUCUCGAGGGACGGGCAAUCGUCGACGGGGCUUUGGUGAUUGAUCUCCGGGCGCUCACUUCAGUGACCGUCGCUGAUGACCUCCAGUCCGCCACGGUACAAGGUGGCAUUCUGCAGCAAGAUCUGGCGAUCAAGUUAUGGAGCAAGGGGCUUGUAACGCCUAUCGGCACCAUUCCCGCAGUUGGAUACGUUGGCUGGGCUACGUAUGGGGGCUACGGUCCGUUUUCGUCACACUGGGGUUUAGGUGUAGAUCAGAUUAUAGGUGCGACAGUUGUCAAUUCCAAUGGGGAUAUCAUCAAGGCAGACGAGAAUCUCUUGAAAGGGAUCCGUGGCGCUGGGGGCACGUUUGGGGUCAUUGUAGACGUCACUGUGAAGGUAUAUCCACUUAAAAGUCUUCUCGCUGGAGCAAUAAUAUUUGAUGCUCAAGAUAUCUGCAAAGCGCUUACGGAAUUCAAUGCCGCAUAUCGAAGACUUCUAGAAGAUGGACUUCCAUCAGAAUUGACCAUACAACAGCUCGUAUAUAAUGCCCCCCCGGGUCGAUUGUUCGGCGUCAGUUUUUUUUGGAGCUCGGAUAACACGGAAGAGGGCCAACGAUGGAAAGAGAAGAUUGCAAGCCUGGGUCCCGUGAUUAUGAAUACUGUUGCCCUCAAAAAUAUUCCAGAUUGGGUAACCGAGAUGAGGGCUCUGGUUCCAUCGUCCGUAUAUGGUGGUGGUAGCCAUACUCACAACCUAAAGCAGAUUACAACCGAAGCCGCCCAAGUCCUUGGACGAAAUCUCUCAAAGAUGCCGUCUGACCCAGCAUGCAUGUUUUCUGUGCAUCAAUUGAGGGGUCCCUCUACAAGUCACAGUACUAACGAUUCUAACUUUACCUAUAAGAACAACUCCGUCUUCGCGGAGAGAGAGCCUCAUUAUAUGCUGGAGAUUCUGGGGUUUUCAACAACGGAAGAAAACAAACAUGUGUGCGAACAAUGGGCGUCUGAUCUGGCGAACCAAUUUCAGCAGGAAACCGACACCACGAAUAUCCUCCCACAUGCAUACAUUUCUCUGGAUCCGAUCAAUAAUGGGAACAUGGUUAGGAUCUUCGGUUCCCAUGCCGAGGAGGUUUUUGCCUUGAAGAAGACAUAUGACCCCGACAAUGUGUUUGCACUGGCUCUGCCUCUGUUGAAGUGAUAGAUUCAGUAAUAUGUACUUUCCUUUUGAUUUUUAUUGUGCAUACUCCAUAUUGUAAGCUGCUGACUGCUAGUCAUUUUUCGAGGCGUGACAGUUAAACUGGUCAGAAGGAAAUGAUACCGUUUUACUUCCAGAAAAUACUAUAAAAAUGGCGACAUCGCGUUUUAUCAUGU